GGCCGUCACUUGCGCGCCGCGCACUCGGCAUCGGUGUGACGAGAGAGUGAACGUAUUCGGGAAAUAAACAGAGUGCGGCGUGUGUAGUGGUGACAAGAGCGCGCGUCCAACAACCAUGUCGUCGCCGAAUAAGAAGGCAAAAGAGUUGGAGGAUCCCGGCUCGGGCGAGGGAGACGCGCGCGAUUACGACAUCGAGAUACAGAAGACCCUCGAGGAGAUCGACGGCUGUCAGAAUCAAAUCGAUGGCCUGAACGAGAAGGCCAGCGACGAGAUCCUCGAAGUCGAGAAGAAGUAUAACAAGCUGCGUAAACCCUACUUCCAGAAGCGCAACGACAUCAUCAAGAGGAUACCCAACUUUUGGGUCACCGCUUUCGUAAACAACAAAGAAAUAGCAGAAAUAUUAGAAGAAGACGAGGAAGAUGCACUCAGAUUUCUAAACAAAUUAGAAGUCGAGGAAUUUGAAGAUAUCAAAUCUGGUUAUAGAAUUAAUUUUUACUUCGAUGAGAAUCCAUAUUUUGAAAAUAAUGUUUUAACGAAGGAAUUUCACCUAGGAUCUUCCGGAGAUCCAGCAUCUCAAAGUACACCCAUUCGUUGGAAAGAAGGUGCAGAUUUAACGAAGAGAGCAAAAACCAAAGCACCAUUGAAAGGGCGCAAAAGGCCACUCAAACACAGAUCAUUCUUCGACUGGUUCACGGAUCAUGGAGAUCCAAGUUCAGAUGAGAUAGCUGAAUUAAUUAAAGAUGAUAUGUGGCCUAAUCCAUUGCAGUAUUACCUGGCCCCAGAUAUAGAUGUCGAGAAUGGUAUCGAAGGAGAUGGUGAAGAAUGUGAAAGCGAAGAAGAGGAGGAAGAGGAGGAUGGCGCGGAUGAUGGUGAUGAGGGAGGAGAAGGAGAGGAAGGAGAUGACAGUAUAGUAGUAGUCGAAGAUGAUGUGGAUGAGGAUGAUGAUGAAGAGGAGGCUGUGAAUGAUGAAGACGACGGUGUAAAUGAAGAGGAUGAUUUAUUGGUAGAUGACGAAGUAGAUCGCGAAGAAGGGGAAGAACCUGAAUAGAGUCGAAAUCAGAUUUCUAACAUCAUAUUUCACAGUGAAAAGAAAAAAAAUGAAUGAAAUUGUGUGCACCGAAUCAACCGAGAGCAAAGAAAGUCUACUGGACUGAAAAUAUGCCAUAUGAAUAAAUCUCAGGACACAUUUCUUUUUUUUAUAAAUAUAUAUAUGAAAAUAGGAAGGCAGAGAAUAUUUAGGGAAUCUAGAUCCUUUCCAUUGAGAACCUAUGUAUAAAAAUACAACAUUUGUUAAGAUAUAUUGAAAGUGGUUUGAAAGGAAAGGGUCUGGAUUAAGUUAGAUAGGUUCCACUCUUGCAUUAAAUCUAAUCAGAAUGUAACAAAUUCUUCCUCAGUUAUAUUCAUAUGGCCUAGUCGUCGUUCUCCUAUAAAAUGUGCGACAGGGAAAUAUUCGCCUGGUUCUUAAUAUUGCGGAUUCACCGAUAAGUUAAGAUAAAGUAGAACGAGACACUAGGUGAGGAGUUCCAUUUAAUUGCUUUCUCGUGAAAAUUAUUCUUUAGAUAUGACUUCCUGAGCGAGGUGUCAUAAGUAGAAUUUUUGAGAGUGACAACUGUAUCUUUCGCACAUAAAGUACACAAACCUUUACACCACUUAUCGUCUUAUUAUUAUUUUUAGAUAAAACAAAUAAUAAAAUGACAAUUUUAUCUUUUGCUAUGAUCCAAUCAACUUAUUUUACAAAAAAUCAUUGUUGCAAAUUUAUUACUCUAGAAACGACUGUUACAAUAUUUUAUAAAUAAUUCAUGAUUGUUACCAAUUUACAAUCUAUUUAUAUCACUCUUACAUACCAUUACAAGUUUUAUCUCAUUUUUAUUUUAUCCGACUUAUUUUUAUAUGAUUUUAUAUUCUGAUAAUGUGUAUAGUAAAAUCUGUAGCAGAGAAUUUAUAAGUUACACAUUACAAAUUUGUGCUAUUAGUAUAUAAUCUUGAUAUCACAUUACAAUGUUGUCUCCAAUAAACGAGAAUGCAUAGAACUUGUAUAUUCAUGUGUUACUACUAAACUUAUUAUUCAGCCUAUAUGAGAUAGAACUAUUUUGUUAUUUGUUAUUUUAAUGUUUAAGUCUGAAUAUGCAACAUUUUUACAAACUAAUAACAAUAUUCGUUUUAAUAAUAAAUGUCGCUGCAUUAAAUUUUAAUGCUUCAAGCAUAAUUCUUGAUAAAAGAUUGCAAUAUAUGUAAGAUCAUCUAUUUUACUACUUAUGAAUUAAUGAGAGAAUGUACUUUGCAUCAAAUCCUAUUCUCAGCAUGAAUUUAUUGAAUUAUAUAAUUAUCUCAAAAAUUUUAUUACAUGUGAGUAUAAUAUAUAUUUAUAUAAUAAAAAUAUAUAUGAUAGACACAAUGGCGUAUUUGUCACGCUCAAAAAGAUACUUUGAUCCUAUUUCACCUCGUUCGCGUUCUUCCACACUUCGUGUCACGAUUUACUCAUCGUCACGUAAAAUAAGUGUAUUUCGUGAACAUUUCUCACAUUUGAUACAUUAUGUACUUCUAAUGGUGAUUUCAUUCUAUGAGAUUAUCGUAUGUAUGACAGAGAUAUAAGGUCAAGCGUAUAAAGUCGCGGCGAUGUUCUUUACAUCUCCUAUAGUCGACGUUACAAUAGGGAAGAAAGCGUAAUCGAUGCAAGUUUGUCGGUUACUAUCACACCUAUAUCAAUUAAACUCGCGACUCUCAUUCAUCACCUUGCAUUCUUCGAAGUCUAGGGAGAAACAAGUAAUUAUUACGUCUCGAAUAGAAAGCGUUGGUAGUCUCAAUUUGAUAAGAUAAGCUAUAAUUGUCUAAUUUUAGAGCAAAGUACAACAGCGAUUAUUUUUAAAUUAAGAAUACGCGUUGUUUCCCAUUCUAUGAAUACGAUUCUGUCAGUAUUUAUUAGAUUAAUACGUGUUACCCGCUGACACAUGUGUGAAAGAAAGGAAAUAUUGUCAAAAUUAUAUAGAAAUAAUAAGACCAAUAUAAGAUUCGUAUUUUAC